UUGUCGCUUGUGAUUAACUUCUACCAAGGAUGGGCCUCAACAACAGACUAUGGAAGGAAAAAGUGGAAGUGGUUCAAUAUGAAAAGAUAGAUAUAAUAAUAACUAUCAUUUAUGGAGGACUUAAUGUGGAUUAGGAACCAUGCUCAACCAAUAUUUCAUGUCAUUUAAUCCUCAUACAACCCAUUUUUCAAGUGAGGUAUCUGUGGCAUGGAGAGUUUAAGUCAGUUGCUUGAAGUUAUAAAUAAAGGAACUAGAAUCCCACCUGAGGCGUCUGGCUCCAGAGCCUGUGCACUUGAACUCAAUGCAAUGCUACUUCGGGGAAAGGCAAAGGUGGGGCUAUGCAGUAAGUACGGAGUGGUACAGACAUGGGGAAUCAAAGUAUCAAAGGGACGCUUCUGAAUUUGAGGAAAGGGAGAGUUGAGAGAGGAAAAGAACAGGUAGUUGAGUGGUUCACUGGAGAAUAUUGCCCUCCUGGGAAGGUGAUGUGCAGUGCAGAGUCCUGGAUCAAGCUCCCCCAGCCUGUUUCCUUUGGCAGAAUCUCACUUCUGAUAAAGAUGAGUCACCUGAGAGCUGUGAAGUGCUCGCAAACAUGGGGUGUUGUUUCUAUGCAGUUACCAGCUGUGUUAGUCAGGGUUCUCUAGAGAAACAAAUCAGCGAUACAUAUGUAUAUAGGGAGAGAGAAGUUUACUUCAAGGAAUUGGCUUACACAAAUGUGAGGAGCUGACAAGCCCAAAAUCUGUAGGUCAGGCAGCAGGCUGAAGACUCGUGCACAGGUCUUGGAACUGGUUUGUUCCAAUUAGAAUCCCUGCACAGAACGUAUUAUGGACGUUAAGUGACUCAUGAUUGUAAUUUUUUUGUGAUGCUGAGGGAGGGAGAUGGAGAGACCAAGGUACAUGUGUUUGUCCUCCUCCAUCUUGGAGAAGAGCUGGUGUGCCAUGGCCGAGAUCACUGUUGUAGCACGUGAUAUGUAGCUGUGUUUGGAGGAGAAAGCGUGUCUCUAGGAUCCCAUAGAAGUUCCUUAGGCCACGAGUGGGUAUGACCUUGUCAUUUACAUCUUCCUCCCACUUUCUGCUUUCUUUCCAGUCUGGAUGACUGUCAAUGCCAUCUCUGUGGAAACACCCCAGGAGGCUCUUCGGGCUGCCCGGGGACACAAUGUCACGCUCCCCUGCACCUACCGAACUUCUGCCUCUGACCGAAAUGGAUUUAUCCAAUGGGAUAAGCUGCUAAUGACUCAUACAGAAAAGGUGACCAUCUGGACAUUUUCAAACAAAAACUACCUCUAUGGUAGCCGUUAUCAAAACCGUGUCAGCAUAUCAAGCAAUGCUGAGCAGUCAGAUGCCUCCAUCACCAUCAACCAGCUGACCAUGGAGGACAACGGUACCUACGAGUGCUCUGUCUCGCUGCUGGCAGACCUGGAUGGCACCUCCAAGUCACGUGUUCGCCUCCUGGUCCUCGUGCCACCAUCUGAGCCAGACUGUGGCAUCGAGGGAGAGACCGUGAUCGGGAACAACAUCAAGCUGACCUGCGAGUCACAGGAAGGCUCGCCAACCCCUCAGUACAGCUGGAAGAGCUACAACAUCCUGAACCAGGAGCGGCCCCUGGCCCAACCAGUCACAGGACAGACCUUCCUUCUGAAGAACAUCUCCACAGACAUGUCGGGUUACUACAUCUGCACCUCCAGCAAUGAGAUGGGGUCCAAGUUCUGCAACAUCACCGUGGCUGUCCGACUUCCCUCCAUGAAUGUGGCCCUGUACGCGGGCAUCGCGGGAGGCGUGGCUGCCGCUAUCAUCGUCAUUGGUAUCAUUGUCUACUGCUGCUUCCGGAGCAAAGGCGAGGCCCAGGACAAGGAAGACUCGAGGCCGAAUCGGGAGAUCUACAGGGAGCCACCAGAGCAGAUGACAGAGCUUUCUGGGGGGCAGGAUGAGGAGGACAGCUUCAGGGAUGAAGACCAGAGGAGCUCCGGGCGUGGGUCCCCUGACCACCCUGGCCAGUGAUGGGGGCCUCCUGCAGGCCGGCUUCAGAA